AUUAGCCCAAGGGGCUAGCCCAGUGCCUAUAGCUAUCGCAGGCAGUGCAUCCGUUUUGUUUUUGGUGGAUCUUCUAUCCCUCCGAUGCUCUGGAAUAUCAGCAGUCUUCUCCCCAUCCGGUGACCCUGAGGCGAUGGAGCUUUCAAGUCCUUCCAGAGAGGAAGGUCCCAUCUACCUGGGCAGGGUAGGAGUCAUGGCUGCCAGCCUCACAGGAUUGCUUCUACUUCAGGCAGUGUCAUGGGCAUCAGGUGCCCGCCCCUGCAUCCCUAAAAGCUUCGGCUACAGCUCGGUGGUCUGUGUCUGCAAUGCCACAUACUGUGACUCUCUCGACCCCCUGACCCUCCCUGCCCGUGGCACCUUCAGCCGCUAUGAGAGCACGCGCAGUGGGCGGCGGAUGGAACUGAGUGUGGGGAAGAUCCAGGCCAACCGCACAGGCACAGGGCUGCUACUGACCCUGGACCCAGAACAGAAGUUCCAGAAAGUGAAGGGAUUUGGAGGGGCCAUGACAGAUGCUGCUUCUCUCAACAUCCUUGCCCUUUCACCCCCUGUCCAGAAUUUACUACUCAAAUCGUACUUCUCUGAAGAAGGAAUUGAAUACAACAUCAUCCGGGUACCCAUGGCCAGCUGUGACUUCUCCAUCCGUGUCUACACCUAUGCCGACACCCCUGAUGACUUCCAGUUGCUCAACUUCAGCCUCCCAGAGGAAGAUACCAAGCUCAAGAUACCCUUGAUUCAGCGAGCCCUGGACUUGUCCCAACGUCACAUCUCACUCUUUGCCAGCCCCUGGACAUCGCCUGCUUGGCUCAAGACCAACGGGAAAGUGAAUGGGAAGGGGACACUCAAGGGUCAGCCGGGGGAUAUCUACCAUCGGACCUGGGCCAACUACUUUAUUAAGUUCCUGGAUGCCUACGCUGAGCACAAGUUACAGUUCUGGGCAGUAACGGCAGAGAACGAGCCUUCUGCAGGGCUGUUUAGUGGGUACCCCUUCCAGUGCUUGGGCUUCACCCCUGAACACCAGCGAGACUUCAUUGCCCGUGACCUGGGUCCCACCCUCACCAACAGUUCUUACCACAACAUCCGUCUGCUCAUCCUAGAUGACAAUCGCCUGCUGCUACCCCGCUGGGCCCAGGUGGUGCUUACAAACCCAGAGGCAGCUAAGUAUAUCCAUGGUAUCGCUGUACAUUGGUACCUGGACUUUCUGGCUCCAGCAAAAGCUACCUUGCAGGAGACACAUCGCCUGUUCCCCGACACCAUGCUCUUUGCCUCAGAGGCUUGUGUGGGCUCCAAAUUCUGGGAACAGAGUGUGCGGCUGGGCUCCUGGGACCGAGGGAUGCAGUACAGCUACAGCAUCAUCACGAACCUCCUCUACCAUGUGGUCGGCUGGACUGACUGGAACCUUGCUCUGAACCCCGAAGGGGGACCCAACUGGGUGCGCAACUUUGUCGACAGCCCUAUCAUCGUGGACAUUGCCAAGGACACGUUUUACAAACAGCCCAUGUUCUACCACCUUGGCCACUUCAGCAAGUUCAUUCCUGAGGGCUCCCAGAGAGUGGGGCUGGUUGCUAGUGAGAAGAAUGACUUGAACACAGUGGCACUGCUGCAUCCUGAUGGCUCUGCAGUUGUGGUCGUGCUAAAUCGCUCCUCUAAGGAUGUGCCUCUCACCAUCAAGGAUCCUGCCGUGGGCUUCCUGGAGACUAUUGCACCUGGCUACUCCAUUCACACCUACCUGUGGCGUCGCCAGUGAUGGAGCAGAUACCCAAGCAGGCACCUGGGCUUAGCAUGGGUAUUAAAAGGACAGAGUCAGCUCAUGCGCUGUCUGUGGCUUGGAGGGCAUGGCAGGGCCAGGAUGAACUCAUAGUGAUGUAAGCCCAGGAGCAGUGGUUUGGGUGACUCACUCUCUCCUCUAGUUGGUGCCAGAUGCUGAAGGCCCCUAGAGACAGGAUUGGGAAACCCCGGUGGCCCCCUGGACCCCAUGCCUGUGUGAGCGUGUGCUAUGUGCUGGUUGCCUGUGGAAACUGGGCCCAGGCCCAGGGUGAGCUCACUGUCUGUACAAACACAGGAAGGGGCCGAGAGGAGGUUAAGGAAAGGAAGAGACUAAGAAAGCUGGACCCAGAACUGGGACUGCUUGUCUUUCCUGGAGAUGCAAAACAGGGCCAUGUGAAGCCUGGCCAGCAUCAGGGCAGGGACAGCUAAAGCCAAGCUCCGGUGGGUAAGCUCAGGCCCCCAAGCAGCCCCCAGAGUAUCCACCAGGAAAUAUGGUGACCCCUUAAAGGAGAGAAUGUCUGGUCCCAGCCAAUGUGAGCAAGUUUAUUCUGGGGAGUGGCACCCCAUUUCCAGCUGUGCCGACGACAGGGAGGCCAAGGGGCCUCUGGAAUGCAUGACAGUAGAAAAAAUCAGUCCUGGGAGCAUGGGGAAAACUCAUUCAUCUUCAUCCUCCUCAGCCAUGCCUAGGGCUGAGGUGUUUGGGGCCCGGGCAGGUGUGGCUCGCUGGAUGGAGACAAUGCCACUGAGCAAGGCGUAGCCCACCAUGGCUGUCAGCCCUGCCAGCACGGAGAGGACCUGGUUCCUGCGCCGGUAUGGCUCCUCUUCAGUCUCUGGGCUUGCUGGUGUCUGGCGUGGGGGUGGCACCUCAGCUGAGGGGCAAGGAAAGGUGGGCAGGGGGGUGGCUAGUUCCUGGAUUCCUGCCCACUCUCCCCAGGGCUGGCUCCCAUCCACCCAUCUGCCCCUUACCUCCAUCCCAGGGGAAGUAGAGGCUGAGAAUGUGGCUGCAAUAGGCACAGAGGUUGUGUAGUCCCCGCAGGUGGGCCUGCAGCUUCCCGCUGGGCAGCUUGGCCUGUAGUAGCAAGGCCAGGUAGCUAAAGACGAAGGCGUCCAGGGAGGCGGGGCUGGAGCAGAGAGAGAAAGAUGUGAUGGAGGAGGACGACUGGGGUAGAAGGGGUAAAGAUGGAGGUGGAGGCAGAGUCUCGGCCCUGGGAGGUGGGCUCUAGGCAGCAGGGGGCCAGGAGGGUAGGAGAGGACACACAGUUCUGAACCUGGUAUGAGGAGGGCUCCCCAGGUGGCGCCAGCCUGCCCCUGAAUGGGGCUCUAUCCUGGGGCUGCAUAAAGGGCACAUUGAGUGCCCCACAGCCCUGCAGGCCCCUCCUGUGCCUGGCUGCCCUCCCGCCCUCCUGUACCACUGAGGAGGCUCCAGCCCCACACACAGUCCCCAUCACCAGACCCAGUGUCUGUCCUGAGGGCUUCUUGCCCUGUAGCUGCUCCAGCCCCUGUGGCUGCAUCUGAACCUGGAUCUCUUUCCAAGCCACCCACGAUAGCCCUGGAGUUCAGACUCACGCAUCUCCAAAGAAGAAUUUCUGAGAGCCCAGGCGCUGAGAGAGAAGGGUCAGGCACUCCCGAGCCUCGAGAUACAGCUAAAAGGACAAGGGUGGGCUUGAGGCUGUGGGCACAGUGUCCUCUCCCCACCUAGGCACUCCCAUCCCUGGCCAUCAUCCUUGGAGCUUAUCUCAUACAACAGGUUCCCUGUCCCAGGAGUACCUCCUUCUCCAGCUCUUCCUCGUUCUCAUGCCUGUGCUCCCCACACAGCAGCUGCAGCCGCUCCAUGUACUGUCGCUGCAUGCGGCCAGGCAGGAAGAAGUUGAGAGGAAAGGGCAUAGCCUCUGCAUACCACUUCCGGGUCACUUCCACAUAGUUCUUGGCAUCUACCCAAAAAGUAUGUAUCUGUAUUGGGUAGGUAAGACAAAAGAGGCAGGUCUUGAGACAGUGCACCUGUCCACUUCAGGGUGGGCUUCUGACCCCUGCAAUACUCUGACCCUGUAUGUGGGUGUAUGGGUGCCUGACUCCCUCCCCCUGCUGGCCAUGACUGCUGGGAGAUCUGGGCACACUCACCAACACUGGGAGCAGCUUCUCCUCCACAAGAGACAUGAAGGCUAGGAUGUCUGCCGCUUGCCGGGCUGACAGAUCAUAAUCGGCAUUGUACUUCUGUGGAAGAAACAGGUGAGGUGGUCACUGGGGGACCCCAAGGGUACUUCUCCAGGGUGAGAGGCAUCCUGUCUGGUAGCCCCCUCACUGGCCUCUGAGUGUAGGGGAGACAGAGCAAGGAGCUUUCCCCCCUGAGGCCCCCAUGCUUGGGCCCAGCCAGUAGCCUGUUGCUGUUGGCAGAAAGCCUGGGCCUUGGAGCCCGCUGGCCGUCAAGGUCCCCCGCCUGCUGGGGGUGAGGGGUGGGGUGGGGGAAGGCCUGGCCGCAAACUAGGAGCAGCUCCCAGGUUUUCCACGGAAAGCUGGCAGCAUGCCUGCUGACAGCAACUUUGUAACAGUAACUUCCCCGAUCCAGACACCACAAAGCUAGCAGAGCAGAGCGCCGAUGCAGGUUGGGCCUCAGUCCAUGCCUCAGGAACUAGGGGACACCAUCCUCACUCUCCCUGGACCCAGUGACCCAUGCACAGGACCCCCCAGUUAGUUCCCUCAGUGCCCAGCUCUUGGCUAUUUCUUCCAUUUCAUUCCAAGGUCCAGGCGCCACCAUUACACCCACAUUCCACCCCCACCCCCAGGUCUCAUCCUGCCCUACCUUCCUGGGAUCUACACUCUACUCCUCACCACCCAGCUCCACAUCAUGAGUAAGCUAUGCUCCUAAAUAACCUCUUGAGCAUAUUCCUUAAACAUCUCUGAGUCUCAGUUUCUCCCAGCAGAAUGGGAGUAAAUAAUCUCUCUCAAUGUGACAGUGCUAGGAAAUAAUUUAGGAGAAAACUCUUUGGAAACUGGAAAACCAGCCUCUGCCAGGGGCUUUGGUUUUUACUUGGAUCCUCCCUCUCCAUGCCUCUCAAGCCUCCAUUAAUUUCCCAGCUCCUUCACCUUUGGGAAAGUAGAAAUGAAAAAUAGGGCCCCACUUCUGACAAUGGGUUCCCUCUUGGAAUCACAGACAAUGAAUGCUGGAAGAACUGAUGGAAAGCAUCCUGGCUAAACCCCUCAGUGUUACAAAUAAGGAGCUUAUGGCUCUGAGAGAUUAUGACUUGUCCAAGAUCAUACAGUCAAUAGCAGAGUAGACACCAUAGCCUAGACCUCCCCACUCCUUCUGGAAUGCUUUUUCAACUUCCCUGCCUUGUCCCUCUUGAACCCCAGAUCCAAUCCAACGCAGGCCCUGAAAAAAAAGAAUUGGCCCUUAGAAGUCCCUCUUCAGCCUCAACUUUGAAGGCCUCACCUGAGCCAACAGCUCUUGUCCAUUCUUUUUUCCGUUCCAUGUGUCAACAGACUGCAUCUCCCUCCCUCCCCAUCCAACAGGCAGAAGACACUGUGCCUCUGUAUGCCUCCCACGGCACCCUGAACUUAAUCUCUGGCCUACUGCCUACUGUGUUACAGUGAUGUUGUGUGUGUCUCUCCCAUCAGACUGGGUACUCCUUGAAGCUCUGUGUCGCCUGUGUCUAGCUUGGCAUACACCUGGUGCUCAAUAAACAUGUGUUGCACUGAA